AUGCUGGGCCGGAAAACAGGACUCCCCCGCGACCUGAACAGCCACCGCCAGCUGAACCAGUCCUACCAGGAGGCUGUGCCCCUGCGGACCAGACCAUCCAAGGAGACAGAUGUCAGUUUGGAGGUGUUCAGCGGCUCUACGCCUGAAAUCAAACAGAGCCGCAGCAGAGCCCAGCAGAUGCGGGAUAGGAAAGGUCGCAAAGUUGACCUCAAAGACUCUAACGGGAGAGAGGCAGAAACAAUUACCUUUAUUUCUGGUACAGCAGAGGCUCCCCCAAACCAGAGCUUUUGCUGUUCCUCUCUGUCGCAGGCCUGGAACACGUACAAAGCUGUUUUCUGUUGUAUAGUGACCUGUGGGGGCUGCUUUCAGGACUGCAGUGUCUGUAUCUCCUAUCCGGGGCCUGCCGAGACCUCGACUGAUGACGGAAAGAACGGAGAUUAUAAUGGGCGACUGCCAAACAGCCCUGCCAAUACUUCUCCUGCUGAGAAGAAUGGGAACCAGAUCAAAAAGUCCAGCAUGGGUAGCAGUUUCAGUUACCCAGAUGUGAAACUCAAGGGCAUCCCUGUCUAUCAAAACAGGAGCCCCAGCCACCACCUGGAGUCAGAUUCAUGCUGCAAAGAGCUGCUGCCAGAGAAGCCCUUCAGGAACAGCAUAGAAAAGCCACCGCUCCCCAGCAGCCACCGGAGUUCGGAGGAGUAUUACUCCUUCCACGAGUCCGACCUGGACAUCAGUGAGCUGAACGGCUCCAUGUCCAGCAGGGAGAUCGAUGUCCUGAUCUUCAAGAAACUGACGGAGCUUUUCAGCGUCCACCAGAUCGAUGAGCUGGCCAAGUGCACGUCAGACACUGUCUUCCUGGAGAAGACCAACAAGAUCUCGGACCUCAUCAAUAGCAUAACUCAGGACUACAACCUGGAUGAGCAGGAUGCUGAAUGCAGGCUGGUCCGAGGCAUCAUACGCAUCAGCACCCGGAAAAGCAGGGUCCGGCCCCAUAUUUCUAUCCCAGCCAGCCAGAGCCACGAGGAGAAGUCCAGCAGAGGCAAUGCACCAGACAGUGGUAAUGAAACGAUGCUAGAGUCCAUGGUCAUCAGCCAAGACGAUUUGGCCGUGCAAAUAUCAGAAGAAACACCAGCAGAUGUGAUAGCCAGGAAUAUGAGGCAGCACAGCAGCGCAGGCUCUCCAACAAGCAGAGAUUCCUCUUUCCAAGACACAGAGACUGACUCAUCUGGGGCACCCCUGCUUCAGGUGUAUUGUUAAAGAAAAGGACCCAAGCAGCAGGCAGGUGUUCCAAGGCUUUGCUGCAAUCAGAUUUCUCCUCUUUCAACAUGGAGUGUGCUAUGCCACUUUUUUUUUUUUCCCCAGCCUACCCUGAUCCUGUGUUGAAGCCAAAUUUCUCCUGCUGUCUGAAUUUCACUGGAUUUUUUUUUUUUUUUUGGACAAUAUAGAACAUCAAUGAAGUGAACUAUGGAGCUGAUGAAAUUGGGAGGUGGAGUGUGUGCCCAGGGAGGAGAAGAUGGACAAGGAAGUA